AAACCAAUAAUAUAUAUAUAUUUUGAUCCAUUAGUGCUUUAUUUUGAGCAACGAAAGUGAAUAUGUUGUGUGUAUAAAUAGGCCAAAAGCUUUACUCUGUUUUCCACAACAACAACAACAACAACUGUGUACACAGUUUUAGUGUCGUUUUGAAGAUCAGAAGGCAUGAGCAGGUUGAAGAGAUCCGAAAUUGUUCUUGUUUUGUGCCUCACCCUUCUUCUUCUAAUAACGCCUCUUCUUUCCUCAUCCCUUAGACCCACAUAUCUCUACUUCGUCUUCAACCUCCUCAUCCUUGGCCUUCUCUCCUCUGCCUUCCCAAAUAAUGCUCACAGCCCCAACACCACCCCUUCCCCUCACACCUCUGCCAACAACCACAGGGCUCUAGAGAAGGCCCAUUCCGACAACAUUCCCCCUCCCAAUCCCAAAAUCGAAUCUCUCAACAAGUGUCCCUCUGCUUCCACCAUUUUCUUCAUCGGAGAUGUCGACAGUGAGGAGGCGGAAGAGGAGGCUUCUGGCGGCGGCGCCGGUGGAAAUGGGCAAGACUUGUUUGCCCAAGCUGAGACGUUUAUUGGGAACUUCUAUAAGCAGUUGGAGAUGCAGAAACAGGAGUCUUGGAAGAAUAAAACUAAAAUGGAAGGGUUUGUGCAGUUUAAUUCAGCUUAUUCAAUUGUGUUUCUGUUUUACUUUUGGAUUAACUCGUGUUACCAAUAUCACUUCUAUUUUAGUGCAUUUACAAUGUCUGGGGAUAAAUCAUUUACAUAACUUACAUA